CAGGCUACAACCCCGGGCUGGGUCAAGGAAUUCGAGGAAUGCAGGCUGGACGCACCGGUUGAAACUCGAGGCGCCGCACAGGCACUUUGCGCCUUGGUGGGCUUUGCGCUCGGAAGACGCGUCCACGCACCAUUUUCCCAGGCGUUGUGCGGGUUUCUUAAACCGCUCAGCUGGUGCCUCGGAAGAGUUUCUGGAAGCUCCAUCUCUACUGCCUCCCCUCCCCCCUUUUUCAUUUUACCCCCGCGAGCAGCUUCUCCAGCCCCACAGCGUCCGCCCUUUGAGGGGUACAGGUGCAGCUGUCCCGCCGGCUGCCGCCCGGUCCGCCCACGCCGCCUCCUCCGGGCUGGCCAGGGGGCUUGACCCAGCGCCGCCGCUUCUCGAAUGGUCUCGUGCAGGGGCGCAGCGGCCGCUGCCCGUCGCCCGGGACUCCCCGCCCUCCCUAGCGACCCCGCGCCGGGGCGGGCGGCGCUUGCGGCGGGCAGGGGGCGGGCAGGGGAGAGGGGGCUCGUCCGGGGGUAGCCGCCUCCUCUGCAGCCUGCCGGCGCCUCGAAGCCCGGACCUGCCUCCGCCUCUUCCUCCAGCGGCUCCAUCCCGCCUGCCGCGCCUAGUCCUCCCGCCGCCCCCGCCGCCGCGCCCCCGGUGGCUGCCUCGGCGGACCGGGGAGGGGGCCCACCGCGUCGGCCGCCCGCUCGGCUCGGCUCGGCUCGGCCCGGCCCGGGAGGCGUGCAUGCCCCUGCUGCCCGCGGCGCUCACCAGCAGCAUGCUCUAUUUCCAGAUGGUGAUCAUGGCAGGGACGGUGAUGCUGGCGUACUACUUCGAGUAUACGGACACGUUCACCGUGAACGUGCAGGGCUUCUUCUGCCACGACAGCGCCUACCGCAAGCCCUACCCGGGCCCGGAGGACAGCAGCGCCGUGCCCCCCGUGCUCCUCUACUCGCUGGCGGCCGGGGUCCCCGUGCUCGUGAUAAUAGUUGGAGAAACUGCUGUCUUUUGCCUACAACUAGCCACAAGGGAUUUUGAAAACCAGGAAAAAACUAUUUUAACUGGAGACUGUUGCUAUAUAAACCCGCUGGUGCGCCGAACUGUCCGAUUUCUUGGAAUUUAUACAUUUGGACUGUUUGCUACAGAUAUCUUUGUAAAUGCUGGACAAGUAGUCACAGGAAAUCUGGCCCCACAUUUCCUUGCCCUGUGUAAGCCCAAUUAUACAGCACUUGGAUGUCAACAGUAUACACAGUUCAUCAGUGGGGAAGAGGCCUGUACUGGCAACCCAGAUCUCAUCAUGAGAGCGCGAAAAACCUUUCCAUCCAAAGAAGCAGCUCUCAGUGUCUAUGCAGCUAUGUAUCUGACCAUGUACAUUACCAACACAAUCAAAGCCAAGGGAACCAGACUUGCUAAGCCAGUUCUAUGCUUGGGCUUAAUGUGUUUGGCAUUUCUUACUGGACUCAACAGAGUAGCAGAAUAUCGAAAUCAUUGGUCAGAUGUUAUAGCAGGCUUUCUGGUUGGAAUAUCUAUAGCAGUAUUUCUGGUUGUGUGCGUGGUAAAUAAUUUCAAAGGAAGACAAGCAGAAAAUGAGCAUAUACACAUGGAUAAUCUGGCACAGAUGCCAACAAUCAGCAUUCCUCGAGUAGAAAGUCCUUUGGAAAAGGUAACAUCUGUACAGAACCACAUCACUGCCUUCGCAGAAGUCACAUGAUAUUGAAGCAGAUGGUUUUUCACUGCAUUGGACAUCAUCCCUUUUUACCAUCCACUCAUAACACCCAAAGUUUGUUUGAUUGCAAAGGAAGUUUAUAAAGUUGUUUAAUAUUUUUUAUAAUUUUAAAAUCAAUGUCCACCUAUCUGUUUCCCCCACUAGACUGUGAGCUCCUCGAGGGCAGGAUUGUCUUUCUUUUUUCUGUGUCCCCAGCACUUACAACAAAGCCUAGCACAAAGUAGGUGUUCAACAAAAAUGUGAUGACCAAAUGAACAAAAUCCUUCAAUAAAACAUUCACUUUAGUUUCUCACAGAAUCACUGCAAUUAUGUUAAGAGAAACCUCUACAUAUAUGAAAACCUUCUAUUUUGGGCUAGUUGUUUUUUUUUUUUUUUAAUUUCAGCAGUAUGCCAUGUUUAAUUUGAAGUGGACUUUGAAAGUCAUGGGGGUUUUUAUUUUAUUAUUCAGCAUGACAUUAUUUCCAUUCUAACAUUUCAGUGUGUGAAAUUCCUUUUAGAAAGUAUGUUCUAUAGUAAAAUAAUGUCUCCACAUUAUAUUAUGUUACAUUUCACUUAAAAUACCAUUCAUACUACACAUUCUAAGACUGGUGCUUCUGCUUUUGAAGGGGAAAAUGCCAAUUUUUACUGUAAUAAGUAAUGUAUCAUAAUUAAAAAUUAUUUAUUUGGACUUCUUCUCCUGACAAUUGUGGCUUAAUUCAAGACUUGUUUUUGAAUGCAGGCAGUAUUUAGGAUAGCUUAAAUCCGUAAAUUCAGCACUGGUCCCUUAUUAUUGAGUAAUUUCCCAUGGGUAGCAGUGUCUCAGGAGUGGUCAAAGGCUCUGCUCUUAGGCUUUUUUACUACUAAAGAUUCUACAUAAUUUAAAUGGGAAAGAACUAUACCCUGACACAUAAUUUAAAUUAUAUAAAUGCUAGAAAUAUCGUUAAUGUAUUUUACUUUGCAUUUGUUUAGUACUUUAUAGUUUACAAAGUUUAUUUACACCAAUUAUUUUAUGUAAUCCUCAUAAUAACCUGGUAUAAACAUGAAGAGUAUGGCUUUAUUUUUACAGAUAAGAAAAAUGAAGCCAUGACAGGGUAAAUAGCAUGCCAAAUCACAAACUAGUAAGAGACAUAGUUGAAGCCUAAAUUCAGGUUUUCUGACCCUGAACUCAUAUUCCUUUCUAAUAUAGCACAGCUGUCAUCUCAUUUUGGACGUUGAGGCCUUUUAGAGCUCAGUAGAAUCCUGGGCAACUACCUAUGGUUCAAAAAAUAAAUGCCAGAAUACAAUUAUGAAAGCUCUGCUGUAUUUUAAAUGUUUGUUUUAAGAAUGAACAGUUUUCAGAUACAAAACUAUAUAAUAAUUGUAAUCCAGUUUUAAAAUAAUGAAUAUCAAGAGUCUAGAUGUGAGGCUCUUUGUAAAAGAGAAGCCUAAACUCAACAUCUCUCCUUCCACCCUCACCCUCAGGCCCCAGCCUCCCACUCAGGAGAGGGCCCAAGGGACAUAACUUACAUUUAGCAUGUGGAAUUACAGAUUAAAAUCACCAUAAUAUAAGGAAGGCAAACUCCUCAACAAUAACUUUGCAAUAAUUAAAACUACCCUAAGUAACUUUGGCUUAUAUGGCAAAGUAACUUUGGCAGUAAUUGACUGAAAUGAAUCUUUCUAAACUUUGCAGUACUAAAGACAGCAAACUUUUAAUUUUCUCUGUAAUUUCAACAGAAAUCAGCAAAUAAAUAUAACCAAAGAUUGUCCAUUGCUCCCCAAAUAGAUUUUAUUUGCCCAUUUCUGUCACGGUGGAAGCUAAAACACUUCUAGUAGAGCCGAAAAGAAAUAAAAGAAAAGAAAAUCCAAAUUUCUACUAAUUUCAGACCUCUAGAGCAAUUCAGUCCUGUUGGAAAUUUAGAACAUGAAGAAACUUUGAAUGUCCUGACCCUCUUUAAAAUUUUUUUAGGCAAUAACAAUAAUAGGGAAUUCACUUAUUGAGAAUGAAAAUGAAGGGGAUGAUCAUAAUGUCUUAGAAAGCUGGAUUACUAGUAAGGCUUCCAGGGUUUUAUCAGUUCUAUUCAUUGUACAUCAGACUUCCAAGGAGCCAACCAGGAAUGUUUUUCCUGUUGGAAGCCUUAGCUAUAUAUUCCUAUGUCAAGGCUGCUUCUUUGCACCUUGCUAAACCUGAUCUGAAUGCAAGUGUUAUAAAUUCUUCAAAAACUCAGAUUUAACCCAGAACCAGAGUAAAGUCAUCUCUACUAUUUACACAUCAUGGGCUCAAGAUUGUACAGUGAGUGAUGCUGUCAUGAAGAAAAUUCAGAUGAAAAAGGCAAGAUACAUGUGAAUAAGGCAAAAGCCAGAAAAUAGCCCUUAUUCAUGAUGCUAUUACUGAGAAUAAUGAAAAUCGUAUUUCAGAAAACAUUAAUAUGUAAAUAUGUACAUAUGUAGGCUAGUAAAAGCAGGCAAACACAUAUCUUUCUGAUGAAGACAUCUCCUUUUUAUUCUACUUACUUGGGGCCCAGGUCAGUGUAAUUUGGUCAACUUGAAAAUUUCAGUAGUCUCUGUUUGCAUGGCAGAAAUUCUGCACAUGUUUUAUCUGAUUCCUAUGAUAACUUAAAAGGCUCUUUUAUGUUAAAAGAGAGGUGAAUCUUCUUUGACAGACUUUGUAUUUUCCACUUCUAACUGGGCCUCUCUUUUCUCAGGAUCUAUCCUAGCCAAAUAUCUCAGUUACAUUUACCAUACAGUUUCCUUUGUGAAAGAACAGUAGGGGAGGAAAUAAUUCUCUGCUGUGUAUUGUAUUUUUCAAAUAAAAAUUUAAAAAUUCAAUUGAAAACUGA